UAGAUCAAAAUUUGCUGAUAAAAUCAGCACUUGUACUCACUCAGACAGUCACUACACGAACUCCAGCAGACAUGUUCCUUCUCCUCAUUUCUCUUCUGUCUAUGCCAUUAUUUGCAUAUAGCUUGGAUUGUUCCGGACAUCCGGACGGCAACUAUGAAUUGGGAUGUAAAUCGUAUGGCGUGUGCAGUGGAGGAGUAGUUACAAUCGUUGACUGUGAGAGCGGCAAAGUUUACGACAACUCCACGGGCACUUGCACAGAAAUGACAUCUGCAAGUGGGAUUUGUGGCCAGUUCCGUGAUUGUUCCGGUAAAGCUGACGGUCUGUACGCCGAUACAGAAACUCAUUGCAAAACAUACUACACGUGUUACAAAGGAGUGUUCGAUAGUCAUAAUUUCUGCUCUAAAGUGACGGUAUUUGAUGAGGUCCAACAAACCUGUAAUUGGCCAAGCGCUGUAGAUCCACCGUGUGGUACCAAAGGCCUCUCCUCGUCUUCAUCCGGUUAAUGUCGCUCAAUCAUGUCCUGUUGUAUAUUAAGAAAUAAAAUAUAAAGCUAUA